GUCCGUCCUCCGCGGGGGAGAUACUGCGGCACUGAGUCACGGUCCGGGUUCUCUCCACGCUGUGUGGCUCCCGGGCUCACCGUGUUGCUUAAUUAGGACAUCCCGGAAGAGUCCCGGGGCUGUGCGCAGCGGAGUGACGGGGCAGGGAGGCAGGAGGGGACCGCGCACGGCGACAGCCCACAGCCACGAGUCCGUCCCGGGACAUUGACAGGCACAACAAAACAGCCCCACGGAAACUGACUGCGGAUCAGAGGAGGGAGGUUUGUCACCAUGGAAGGUUUAAUGCAGCGGCUGGAGCGAGCUGUGACUCGCCUGGAGCAGAUGUCCGUCACCAUGCAGGCGCCCAAUGGCAUGGCUAACGGGGGCUGCGUCAACGGCAUUGAUGAAGGUCUGUCUCAGUGUGUGGAGGCCUUCGACAUGCUACUGAGAGGUCCAGUGUCAGACUACCUGAACAACAGCCGAGCCAUAGGAAGCGAGGUGGAGAAGCAUGCGGAAAUGGUGAACAAUGCCCUGCAGACUCAGAGAACUUUCCUCAAAAUGGCUGCCACACACCAGGAACCUGCACAGACGGAGCUUCAUGACCUGCUGAAGCCAAUCUCGGAUCACAUCCAGGAGAUUCAGAACUUCAGAGAACGAAACCGCGGCAGCAACCUCUUCAACCACCUGUCAGCCGUCAGUGAGAGCAUCCCCGCACUAGGCUGGGUCGCUGUGAGUCAGAAGCCGGGUCCCUAUGUGAAGGAGAUGAACGAUGCCGCCACCUUCUACACCAACAGAGUGCUGAAGAACUACAAGGAAACUGACAGGCGCCACGUGGACUGGGUGCGCUCCUACCUGUCAAUCUGGACCGAGAUGCAGUCCUUCAUCAAACAGCACCACACCACCGGACUGGUGUGGAGCAAGUGUGGCCCCAUUGCUCCUCCCCCUCUCUUUGACCCCCCCACCGCCCCUAGCGCUCCCUGUCCCCCACCUCCCCCUCGUCCCCCUGGCCCACCUCCGGUCUUCACGGACGAUGACCCCCAGUCUCAGGCGGGCAGUGCAGCGGCCCAGCACUCAGCGCUGUUUGCUCAGCUCAACCAGGGCAUGGACAUCACCAAAGGUUUGAAGCAUGUAUCAGAUGACCAGAAGACCCAUAAGAACCCAAAUCUGCGCUCUCAAGCAGCAAAGACCAAAACCAAGUCCUCGGGGACUGUGAACUCACCGAGAGCAGCUGUCCAGAAAAGACCCCCUCUUCUGGAGCUGGAGGGGAAGAAAUGGAGGGUGGAAAACUUCGAGCAGAAUCACAACCUGCUGAUUGAGGAGACGGAGCUAAAACAAGUGGUCUACGUCUUCAGUUGUAACAACUCCACCUUGCAGAUUAAGGGCAAAAUUAACUCCAUCAUCAUAGACAACUGUAAGAAGCUGGGUCUGGUUUUUGAGAAUGUGGUUGGGAUUGUAGAGAUCAUCAACUCCAAGGCAAUUCAGAUACAGGUGUUGGGAACAGUUCCCACUCUUUCCAUCAACAAGACAGAGGGCUGUCAGGUCUACCUGAGUAAGGACUCACUGAACUGUGACAUUGUCAGUGCCAAGAGCUCUGAGAUGAACAUCCUGAUACCUGAAGGAGACGAUUAUAGGGAGUUUCCAGUCCCGGAGCAGUUCAAGACUGUUUGGGACGGGUCCAAACUGGUGACAGAACCCACUGAGAUCGCAGGCUGAUUUGAUGCUUCAUCUUGACCACCACCAUUAAAUUUAUAAAAAUAUAUCUUUCUUUCUGUACCCCCGACUAUAUUAAAUUUCAAAGAUAUAAAAGGGAUUUUCUAACACACAUUAUAGGUCCAGUCGCUGCUGCUGUAAUUGUUGCUUCAUGAAGGUGAAGCCUUUAAUUUAAAUGAACCAUUCAAUAAGUUGAUUUUCCCAUCCUACAAAACACAUCCCCACAGAAUAAAUGGAUAUCUAAAGUUUGAUCACACCAAUCUGGUAUAUUUUACCACCUCUUACAUUUCUGUGCCAUGGGAAUAAAGGCAUUUAUGUGACAAUAUGUAGCUGUUGAAAUCUAAGCAAUCUUAUAAGGUUUCUCAUCAUUAGAGAAAAUAUUUCGAAGAUAAUGGGAUUUUAGGUUUCUAGAUUACCAUGAUUUUGUCUGUACCGUAUCCACAUUCACUGUUGUUUCAUUGUAUGAGAGCUAAAGCACAAAUUAGACCCCAGCAGUAGUAAACCUAUUUAACAGAAAAAGCUAGAGUACAUAACGUGAACAUACAGCUUCAAUUCAGUGGCCAGGCAGACAACAAUAACUCAAGAGUCAAGUGUAGGUCUAUUCGAUCACAUUUCUAUCUAAUCAAAUGUAUUUUAAUUACCUCUUUAAAUGUGUAUAGUGCAUGGUAGUCAUGUAAUACUGUUUCACCUAGUGAGUGAAGUUUAUGCAACAAUGUUCAGUAUAUUUUGAAUUAAUGCCAGAUGCUGUCUGUCUUGCUAGUGCUUAAUACAUGCAGUAAUGAAUGAUGGUUCUGCUGCAUACAUGAAACCAACUGAUCAAAAUAAUUAACCAGGUACUUGGCUACUAAUUUCUUG